GUCCUCCGGCCGGCGGCGGCAGCACUGAACGUGAAGCUGAGCAGCUGCAGAGCGAAGAAGACGUGCGCCAUGUUUCAUUUUCUCGAAAUUCACCUGCGCUUUACCGGAAUAAGAUGUGUUUUGGGUCCUUUACCGACGCCUGACAUCGACGUGAAUUCUCCUAACCGGAAGUUGAGAAGGUUGACAUUACUUUGGUGGGAUAUUAUUGUCAACAUUAAUUUCUUCUAACAACUUAAUUACCACUAUACGACAGAAAUGAGUGUUUCGCUGAGGCAGCCGUCCAGGACUGCGUUACGUUGUAUGACGCCUGCAUCAGAGCUAGCUAACACAGCUAGCAUCACGUUAAGCCAAAGUCAAAGCGGUGGGCUGCUCCUGGAGGAUUUCCGAACAUCGUCAAUCAGUUUGGACCUUUUUUAACGACUUGGUUCACCGUCCCUCUUCUGAAAACUACAGUGACGAGGCCCCGCGGAGACGUGUCCCCCUCAGCAUGAGGAGAUGAAUGGAGUGGAAGUGGAACAAAGACGAGACGACGGUCCGCAGCUUCCUGAAGGAAACAUCGAGACUUCCAAACAAAGCAGCCGAGCGUCAAACCGCCGUCACAGCUGUCCGGUAUGCAGCCGGGACUUCUCUCGUCCGUCUCGGCUGGAGGACCACAUGACCACGCACUCUGGAGAGAAACCGCACGGCUGCUCAGUGUGCGGGAAGCGCUUCACCAAGAAGGUGAACGUGGCGGUGCACCAGCGCGUCCACACCGGUGAGAAGCCGUACUCCUGCGCAGACUGCGGCGUCAGCUACGCCCAGCUGGGCUGCCUGCGCAGACACCGGCUACGACACACUGGCGAGAGGCCUCACCGCUGCCCGGUGUGCGGCCACGGCUUCAUUCAGCGGCGGCAUCUCGUACAACACGAGCGCACGCACACCGGAGAGAGGCCGUUCGGCUGCCCGCUCUGCCCCAAACGCUUCGCCUCCAGGACGGGCCUCAGCGAGCACCAGAAGAGCCACGCAGAGGGGAACCUGCGCUCCUGCUCCGUCUGCCACAAGGUCUUCUCCACGCCGUCGUCCUUCAGGGACCACGUGAGGCUCCACAGCGGACAGCAGCCGCACCGCUGCUCGCUCUGCGGCAAGAGCUUCAACCGGCCCGGCCUGCUGAGGAAGCAUCUGCAGAAACAUGGCGAGCAGCGCGAGGCUGCGGCGGGCAGCGAGGAAACGCUUCACCGCUGCUUCCUGUGCCACAAAGAUUUCUCCAGCGCUGCGAAGCUGCAGCAGCACCUGCAGCUCCACGAGGGGGCGCCGCGAAGCUUCCCCUGCGACAUCUGCGGUCGAGGGUUCGGCCGAGCGUCCCGGCUGAGGGAGCACGUGCGCUCUCACACCGGAGAGAAACCCUUCCAGUGCGACGUCUGCAAGAAGCGCUUCUCCAUGCAGAGAGUGUUCAGGAGGCACCAGGAGAUCCACCGCAGGGGGGGGGGGCCCCGCCGCCGCCAGCUCCACGCUGCAGGACUCAGACAACGAGCAGCUGAGCAGCUCAGUGAGGCCAAGGUGAGGCCGGAAGACGAAGAAGACGAAGAAGAAGAAGAAGAAGAAGAAGAAGAAGAAGAAGAAGAAGAAGAAGAAGAAGAAGAGGCGGUGCGUUCACUGACCGUCGGGGGUCCCGGCAGCGUGAAGAAGCUCCACAGCUGCUCCGUGUGUGGGAAGAGCUACACAAGGCCGUCCAGACUCCGAGAGCACUUGAAGAUCCACGUGGCGGAGAAGGUGCACCGCUGCUCGCUGUGCGCCAAGUGCUUCACCAGCAGCACCAACCUGAGGGCUCACGAGAAGACGCAUAUGGCCCACAAACCUCACGCCUGCAGCGUCUGCCCCAGGAGCUUCCUCCGGCCUUGCCUGCUGCGCAAACACAUGAGGAUCCACAUCCGGGACGGGCUUGUGCCCCAGCCCGCUGACGGGGAGUUCUGGUUCCACAUGAAGACUGAGGACGAGGAGGAGAUGAUGAAGAGGGAGGAGGAAGAGGAAGGUCUGAACGAGCAGGAGUCGGGGGAUCUCUGCCCCCCUGCAGAGUCCAGAGCCCCCCCCGGUCACCAGGAGGACGGCUCGCUGUGGCGGGAGGACGAGGGGGACGAGGACGGAGACGUCAGCGGGCUGAUCAACUCUGACGGGGAGGAGGAGGCCUGGACGCCGGCGCUGAUCGAACAAGAUGGCCGCUCAGAGGUCGUGCCAGGCGGCGAGGGGCAGAGUAAGCACUGCUGUCCCGUCUGCGGUCGAGACUGUUUCAAAGCGUCGGCGCUGCAAAAGCACCUGAGGAUCCACUCGGGCGAGCGGCCCUUCCAGUGCCCCACCUGCAGGAAGAGCUUCACCCAGCAGGUCCACAUGACGGAGCACCAGAGGAUCCACACCGGGGAGAAACCCUACACCUGCACCGCCUGCGACAAGAGCUUCACCUUCUCCAGCGCGCUGCGCCGCCACCAGCGGCUGCACACCGAAGCCCGGCCAUACCAGUGCUCCAUCUGCCAGAAGACCUUCAAACAGCAGAGCUCGCUCAAGAGCCACCAGCUCACGCACUCGGGGGUCCGCUACCAGUGUCCGCUCUGCAGCAAGAGCUUCAGCCGCGCCCUGGAGCUCACCUACCACGUGGACAUGCACGCCGACACGCGGCCGUACUUCUGCAACAUCUGCAAGAAGAACUUGAGCGGAGCCCGGAUCUUCCGCAACCACAUGAAGAAACACGAGUCGGCAAACUCGCCGCUGCCGCGAGCAGGACCAGCGGAGGGCGAGAGGCUGUCUCCGUGACGACGCCUCAGCACCAAUCGUGUAUGGGAGUCUCCAGGUAACCGUGACGUCACGAGAGACGGGGGCGCUCGGGACGAGUUUCAAUCUGAAUGUUUUUUAUUGUAGCACCAAAAGAAACUUGAGUUUGUUUUUUAAUCUAAUCAAAGAAAAAGUGAAGGAGUCGUAAAUAUUCUCAUUGUUUCUGAGCUGCAUCACGCUGUUAGCCUAGCUUAGCAUAAAGACUGAAGGCUGUCCACUUUAACGCCCACGGGUUCAGGUAAAGUCAGAGUGAACAUUUUAUUUAAGAUAUUUAAACAAUCUUUGUACAUGUGUGCUUCUGAAUGUUGUUUUAAAACAUGAAGCUUUUACGUUUUUAUAUUUGGUGCUUCAAACUGUUUUGACAGAUUUGACUUUUGACCCCACUUGCUUCCCAUAUGAAGCCCAGCCUUCAGUGCCUUGCUCAAGGACACGUCAGAAGGUUUGUAUUGAAGGGUCCGCUGCUGACUGUCCGUCAGAGUCCUGCAGGUGAAACCAAAGUAGUGAAUUUAAUUAUUGUAGAAAAAGAUCUUCAAACUUUCUGUCAUCGAGUGUUUAAAACAUCUGGAAAAUAAAGUGAAUUAAAGAUGUAAACAAUAUAAACGUAUUUAAUCCAGUUGACAGAAUAAAGAAUCCUGUUAUCGUA